AUGGCGGCGGCCCACCUCCACCGCGACUUCUUCCUCUCGCCGUUGCCGUACCACCUCGCCGAGCUCCGCAUCGAUCCACCGCACUCAGCGGUCGCCUUCUCCGCGCCCGCCGCCGUCGCUGGUGGGCGCAAGCGCCGCUGCCUCGUCCCCGCCGUUUCGCCGCGCAAGAAGAUGCUGCUUGAGCUCCACCCCUUCGACUCCUCGCCCACCCCCACGCCGCCGCCCUCGCCGCGCCGGUCCCCGACCACCGCGCCGCCUUUGCUGUCGCGCAGGGGGUCCCCCGCAAGCGACUUCUCAUUCCCGUCAGCGCGCCCGUGGAUCGGCGGCGGCGGUGGAGGCAACAUCUUCGCGUUCUUCGAGGACACGCUCACGACGCCGUCUCCUACGGGCUCCAAUGUCAGCACCCUGUCGUUCAUGGCUUCUUCGGGGCAGCCGACAACGCCCACGGGCGUCACCGCAACCGGCGGGGUCACGCCCGUGGCAUCGCCGAAGAAGCCCACGGCGGGGCCCACUGCCAACGGUGGUUUCAUGUUCACCGCUUCACCGGAGCAGCCGCCCACGCCAGCGAGCUCCACUGCAGGUAGCGGCUUCGCGUCCUUGUCGCCCAGGGAAUACCAAAGCGGCCGCGCCGAGGCGUCCUUGCUUUCCCCGAAACACGCGCGUACGGGCUCUACCGACAGCGCCGGCUUGGCGUUCUUCCCUUCUCCGGGGCCGGCCAUCGGCCACACGAGUUCUCCGGCGUUCGUCUUCUCGGCCUCGCAGACUUCGGCGCCGCCACUGCGCAAGUCCGGCGGCGGCAGCAGCAAGAAAAGGCCGCGGCGACAGCACGGCAUCGUGAGCGCGCCCCGCAGGAACCUGCGGCAGUGGGACGUGCCGCAGCAGGCCAUUCAGCCGACGCAGAAGGUUGUCAAGACGAAUGCCGUGGUCACCGGCGAGGCCUCUCGCUCCUCCAUCCUGUCCGACUCGUCGACCAGGCCAUGCUGCAAGUUCUUCACCUCGCCGGCGAAGGCGAGCAAGCAGGUACUUGAUACAUGUACCUCACCCCCGUCCCCUUCGCAGGAAGCCAGGAAGGUCUCCAGUGAGGAAUCCCACUCGACUUCGUCCUGCGGGUCGCUGGCCGGAUCGCGCAGCGCCUACGUCCCAUCGCCGGCAAAGCAUCCGUCAGCUGAGAAGGCGAGCAAGCAGGAUCAAGAGGUGGAAGUGUCCAGCGUAGCCAGAGAGCGUCGCACACACGCCGAGCCAGUAGCCUGCACAGGUGCCGUGGUGAUGGUGUCCGUGACCUGCACUUGUGGUGUCCGGAAGGAGUUCUGCUUUGACCACUGCCACUGA